AUGGCUGAAGUUAAAAACAUGGCGUUCAGCAGCGGUUCCCAAAAGGUGUUCCGCGGAACCCUGAGGUUCCGCGAAAAUUCAAGAUUUCCAUAUUCCUUCCCACUUGAGGAGGAACCGGGCAUGUCCAUCUUCUUCGACCACACCGACUCCAGCGCCCGCAUCGUCGGCGGCAGCAGUGCAGGCACCGUCCCUCACCAGGUGGCGCUGACCACCGGCAAUCUCAUCCGCAGCUUGUUGUGUGGAGGCAGCAUCAUCUCCAUUAACCACAUCCUCACCGCCGCCCACUGCAUGAGAAACGUCGGUGGAAACAGACCUGUCAGCUCCCUCCGCGCAUGGGCGGGCACCAACCGCUGGGCGAGCGGCGGUCAUGGCAUCCAGUUUAGCCGCGGCCUCAUGCAUGCGCAGUACAACCACAACACCAUCAAGAACGACAUCGGCGUGUACACCACCACCACGCGCAUCCCUCUCAGCUCUACCAUCCAAGUUAUCCCUCUGAGCUAUGACUUCGUUGGAGCUAAUGUGCAGACCAGAGCUACGGGCUGGGGCAGAACCUCGCAACGAGGUUCUGUGUCUCCCACUCUUCUGGAGCUCCGCAAGCCGACGGUGGACGGUCAGCGCUGCGUGACCGAAGUCCGCCGCGUCGCCAACCAGGUCAACAUCCGCGCGCCCGCCGUCGACCCCGCCCUAGAGAUCUGCACCUUCCACUCCGCCGGACGCGGAAUGUGCAAUGGAGACUCUGGCAGCCCCCUGGUGCGGACUGACCGCAACCAGCAGAUCGGCAUCGUGUCGUGGGGAAUCCCCUGCGCCCGCGGCGCUCCUGACAUGUUCGUGCGUGUCAGUGCCUACAGGACUUGGCUUGAAAACGCUAUGCGUUAAUUGACUAUGAAUAUAAUUUAAGAAAAACGAA